CUGUACAAAUCUCAAGGCAACGGCUUUUUGUCAUGAUUAAACUUUUAUAUGAAACGAUGAAUGAAAGGUGUCAUACUUCCUUCAUAUAUAGCAAAAUCUCUUGCUUAAGAAAAUAAAGAUUACGCGGUGUUCAGUCGGACAGGAGCGAAAAACAUCUGCCAAGGGAAGUGCUGCUUUGACCCAUCCCGCACGUCCAGCGUGGCGAUGUCAUCCCCGAGAGAUGCUGUCCGGCGGCAGCGGCGCAGGGAGCUGGACGCCAGGCGGAGCAAGUCGCGGGUUCGCCUGGGCGCGUGCCUGCAGAGCUGGGGCCAGCUGAAGGACAGACUCGGGUUCGCGCUGCAUUCGGAGCUGGCACAGUACCUGCUCGAGAGCUACUUCUCCAAGGUCUGUGACAAGUGCUCAGGUGGGAGGGAUGAGGCGAAGGGGGCGGAGCCUGUGGUGACAUCAGCGGAAUCCCUCCAGUGCCUGGUGUUGCAGGUCCAUCGCCAUGGGCAACGCUGCCCCUUUCCCCCCGGCCUGCAGCCUACCGGUGCUGUGGGGGGUCAGACCACCGAGGAGGGGCAGGGAGAGGGGCAGAGGUACGGAGGAGAAGAGAGUGGAGGUGCGCAGAGGUACGGAGGAGGAGAGAGGGGAGGCGCAACUGACGUUGGGCUGGACACGGGGCCUACGGAGGCCCGGGGAGGUUCGGGAGAGGGGGUGAUGGCAGAGCUCUGUCUGAGGUACGCCUGCCAGGAAGGGCACGGUUUCGCGUGGCGCCCCUCCGGGACGGGCUGGGAGGGGGGCGAGGAGGAUGGGGGGAGGGCGGAGUCAGAGGCUGAUCGUCCUGGUGCCAGCCCGUCCAGAGAGCGAGGGAGGAGGUGUCUGACGGAUGACAAGAGAGAGGGCGUGGAGGAGCCGUGCUUUUCGGCCAGGAGGUGCAGGAAAGCAGGGUCUGAGCUCGCUGCUGAGGGGAGUGGACAUAGAGAGGAGGAAGAAGAGGAGGAGGAGAAAAAGGCUGGAGAGGUCAAAACAUCAGGGGGUAAGUGUGCACAGGAAGUGGAACCAGAGACUGAGAGGGAGCGAGAGCUGCCACAGGAAGAUUGUCCGCUCCCUGAUGAGGAAGACAGAGAAGAAGACGCCCCAGACGUGCUCACGGACAAGAACUGCAGCCCUUCCCGCAAACGGUCCAGUCCUGACUGUUCCUCCAACUCCAUUGACACAACAACUUCAGGCAAACCCACCGGAGAGACCGAUGAGAACCCGUAUUCUCUCCUCGGCGACUCAACUGUAGUACAACAAACGACCACUAGGGGGAAACAGAGGAAAGCAGUUCAGUCUGCACAGGCCCGAUCUAGCCCAAGGAUAGGCAAGAAGGAAAUCAAAAGAAGUGCACCGAAGAGGCCGGGAGAUGAUGACAUUUCUCAGAUUAGUGGCAAAAGGAAAAGGAAAGCGACGCCCAGAGAUAUUUUGCCCUGCGAGUUUGAAGGCUGUGGAAAGAUCUUCUCAUCCCGCCAGUACCUCAACCACCACAUGAAGUAUCAGCACUUUCAACAGAAGACGUUCGCCUGCUCUCACCCCUCCUGCGGGAAGUCCUUCAAUUUUAAGAAGCACUUGAAAGAGCACGAGAAACUACACAGCAACCAGAGGGACUACAUCUGUGAGUUCUGUGCCCGAGCGUUCCGGACCAGCAGCAACCUGAUCAUCCACCGCAGGAUCCACACCGGGGAGAAACCACUGCAGUGCGAGGUGUGCGGCUUCACCUGCCGGCAGAAGGCCUCGCUGAACUGGCACAUGCGCAAGCACGACGCCGAGAGCGGCUACCAGUUCCCCUGCGAGAUCUGCGGCCGGCGCUUCGAGAAGAGGGACAACGUGACCGCGCACCGCAGCAAGAGCCACCCCGACCACACCGCCACCCCGCCGCCCCCCUCCGAAACGCCCUCCCCCCUCCCCGGGCGCCCGGCCUCGGCCUCGAUCACCCCCGGCGACCCCGCGGCGAGCAUCGACCUCACGGGCCAGUCCGGUGACCCCGGCGACCUCCCCGUCGCCGUGAUGUGAAAGCGCCCCGGCACACUGGGCCUCUGUCCGGCUGCGCUGUACCGCGCUGUAACGUUUACUUACCGCAGCCCGGGGGCCGUAGAGUCACUGCGUCUACAGUAAACACUGCCACAUGUACAGGCGGAGGCCAGACACGGUGGACGGUGACUUAGAGGCGUUUUAACCUGGGCUGAAUCCACGUGGUGCACACACACACAGCGCAUCCUGUUCUCCAGAACGGCAGUGACUGUUCCCGUUUAGCUUUAUUAUUAUUAUUCAGUCAUUAUUUUGGACGGCAAGCUGUUUUUACUGGGCAUUCCAGAUGUAUAAAUGUGUUUUUAAUGACAAGGUGGGUAAAACUUUCAGGUUACUGGCUGUCCGACUGCCAUCUGCCUAUCCCUGACCUAGAUGCUGAGUACACGCCAAGGAAUAUCUAGCACACCACAGCAGUUGUUCUGUUCUUUCAGAAAAAUAUGUUUUUAACUCAUGCCAGACAAUAAACAAACUGGUAACCAUGGUUAUUUGCUGAAGACUAGUUCACAUAUCACCUAAUCUUCACAGAGGGGAUUCAUCUAUUUUUUGGUUUGUUUUCUUUGAUCUUCUCCCUCUGGGAGAACUGUGUGAAUAGUGUUUUUUUUCCAUCUUUGCUCUGAAACUGGUGUUUAUUUGAAUUAAAAAUGAUAUUGGACUUUAUCCAAAAUCAUGGUUAUACGGAGUCUGAUUACAAUAGUGUUUCAUUCCACAGUUAAUAUGGCUCUGUGGGUGUUCAGUUCACAUGUGAAUGCAAUCGACUGUGUGCAAAUUAUACGAAGAGGAAUAA